AUGGCGUUGGCAAUGGUAGUUGCGGCAAGGAAGUUAAGGCCCUACUUUGAUGCACAUCCGAUAGAUGUUCUAAUGAAUUAUCCAUUGGAGAAAUCAUUGCACAAGAUGGAUACAUCAGGAAGGUUGCUGAAAUGGGUUGUGGAAUUAUCGGAAUAUGAGAUACAUUAUAAGCCCAGGGUAUCAAUAAAGGCACAGGCCUUGUCAGACUUCAUAGUAGAGGCUUCAUAUAUGGAUGAAGAAGAAGAUAUAGGCACUUGGCAGGUAUCUGUGGAUGGAUCUGCGACAUCAAUGGGAUCAGGGGCUGGCAUAACCAUAACGUCACCAGAUGAGCAAGUAUUUGAAUAUGCAAUAAAAUUCAAAUUCAGAGCAACGAAUAAUGAAGCCGAAUACGAAGCAGCGGUGGCAGGAAUCCAGUUAUCUCUUGCGGCUGAGGCAAAGCGUCUAAUACUUAUAACUGAUUCCCAACUCGUGUCAAGUCAAUGCAAUGGAGAUUAUGAGACACGGGAUCCAGCAAUGAUUAAAUACCUAGAAAAGGUAAAGCAGUUAACAGCACAGCUGCAAUAUUUUGAGAUAAAGCUGGUGCCGAGAGCUCAAAAUGCGCAAGCAGAUGCUUUGGCGAGGUUGGCAAGUUCGAUCUUUAAUAACUUAGAAAGAACUGUGAUGGUUGAAAUUCUGGAUGAGAAGAGCAUAAAUGAAGCACCAGAACAAAUACUUUGUGUUGAUAGGGCCGCCCAAUGGUAUGAUGACAUACUAGCAUAUCUCAUCCAUGGGGUGUUACCGGCAGAUAAAGGGGAAUCACGAAAGUUGCAGAAGGAUAGUGCGUGGUUCUUUAUGCAUCAAGGGCAGUUGUAUAAAAGAAGCUUUUCAUUGCCACUGAUGAGGUGCAUAGGUGAUCUUGAGUCAAAAAGGUUGGUCGAAGAAAUACACGAAGGUACAUGUGGUAAUCACCUCGGGCCGAGAGUUCUAUCAAGAGAAGCAAUGAGAAGAGGCUACUACUGGCCGACCAUGAAUGAAGACGCAGUUCGAUAUGUGAAGGCAUGUGAGAAAUGCCAAAAGUUUGCGCCAGUUAUCAACCUCCCCCCAAAUGAUUUAACACCAAUAUUGAAUCCAAUUCCUUUCGCGCUAUGGGGAAUGGAUAUAGUAGGGUCAUUUCCAUCAGCAACAGGCAGCAGAAAAUUUUUAUUAGUAGCUGUUGAUUAUUUCACAAAAUGGAUUGAAGUUGAGCCGGUAGCAAAGAUAACAGCAGCAGAGGUAAAAAAGUACAUUUGGAAAAACAUUUUCACAAGGUUUGGAUUGCCGAUGGCUAUGGUCUUCGACCAUGGAUCUCAAUUUGAUUGUAAGCUGGUAAAAGAACUCUUGUCAAUGUACAAAGUUAAAUUUGCGUAUGCGGCAGUGUGUCAUCCGCAAUCGAAUGGACAGGCAAAAGCAGCUAACAAGCAAAUAGUAACGGCAAUUAAAAAGAAGAUAGAAGAUGCAAAGGGGUUAUGGGCUGACUUGGUCCCAGAAAUAUUAUGGGCUGACAGAACAACGGCCAAGGAAGCAACAGGUGAAUCACCUUUUACAUUGGUUUUUGGGACAGAAGCAGUAGUGCCGGCAGAGGUAGGAUUGCCGAUAUUUAGAAUUCAGCACUAUUGUGAAGAGCAGAACGAUCUUUUACUACGGCAACAACUGGAUUUCCUACCAGAAGUACGUGAAAAAGCAGCGAUAAGAUCGGCAGCCUAUAAGAACGGAAUGGCAAAGGCUUAUAACAAGCGUGUCAAUCACAGACCUCUUGCUAUAGGAAAUCUUGUAGACGAAGAACAGCUGCAACCGGGAAAGGAAAUGAAGACGGAAAGUUAA